AUGGCAUUGGUGCAAAGUGAGCCCCCAUUAUUGGCAGGCACCCACCUGUUCGGCCCAGCCAUCACUAUGGAUGAUUUGUUGAGAUGUCGGCCGAGUCCGCUGGCCCCAUAUGGUAUGAAGCAUUGUCAGGUUUGGUUGGUCCAUUUGGUAAGGGCUAGGGUCACUGUCAUAUGUGACCAAGAUGGGAUGGAUGACUGCAUAGAAGAACAUUCUCAAAUCACACCAGUGAGGUGUUCUGGCGGACUGGCACUCCACAACGUCAUCUUUGUGUACCCAUCGCAUCUGACCAUCCCCAUCCUCUCCAUCCUCUCCAUCUUCCUCCCCACAAUGAAAUUAUCAGCUCAUCCCCAUCGAAUGACGUCCAGCUCCUCCGUUACAGGGGUGAGCCAGAGUGGAGUGGUCAUCCUGAAUGGGAAGCACGUAUUGAGGACCACUUGGGCAACUGUCAUUCAUGUAUCACGUGUCGUAGACCACCUUGUGAUGGGGUUGAAGCCUGAAGGAUCUCUCGAGAGUGAAGAGCACGAUAGAGACACACUUGUCAUGCGAAAAGCUCGUGCACUCGACAAGGCAAUGGAGGACUGCAUUAUCACCCACAAAGCCUUUGCCUCUUCGAUAACGUCAACUGGCUCUGGUGUUGGUAUGGGUGCCAUAUGGAGAAGUUGCUAUGGCUCUAGAAAACGCACAGGAUCCAUCUCCAGCAACAAGACAAAUGGCAGCAUCAUCAGCGAAGACCUGGUAGGGGAACAGGAGGAUCAGGAAUCUUUGGGGAUUGGUGGUGGGUUCAAUGACGAAGAGGCUCAUUCGCGGCGCAGCUCUGGACUAGAAGAUUCGCCUGUAUCCAAGUAUCCAGAUGACGAAAUCGAGCAAACCAUUGACGUUUUGCCUGUCGUGGCCUUCGCACAGCCUCCUUCUGCUCCUGUUUGGAGAUCCUCAUUUCAAAACCUUCCUCCACCAGCUACUGCUGUGCAAACAUCAUUUGAUCUGCCUCCUCACUGUUUGAAAUGCCGGCCGCUCCCAAUCACUAUGCUUCCUCCUGUCCAAUCAUCACCCAUCACCCUCAUUGUCAGACCUGAGCAACCCCUGCCUUUUUUUAAACCUGUCGUUCGCCAACGUGCUGAAUCACGCACUCCCAUUGCAUCUUCACAAUAG